AUGAAGGGGAGAACAAGUCGAACGAGAAACGACCAGUCGCGCGACACGCGUUCCGAGUUCCCGGCAAACUCCGAUUGGCUCGUUGAUCCCGUCCGACGCGUCAGCCGCGACAAGUCGUUCGUUCCUUCUCUCUUCCCUCCACCAUCCCCCGCUCCACGCUCACCCUUCCUCGCCCGCUCACCCUGCCUUCCUCGCGCCUGCCUUCUCCUCAUUGUCGUCGCUGUCGUCGUUUCGCGUGAAACGCGCUAUGUACGCGCCUUCGUCUUGGUGGGCUGCCCAUCGCUGGGUAGCAACUCGUCGAUGAGCUGGCGCGCGUCUAGCGCCCCACCCUGUCGUCAGCUGUCGGCGCCGAGUUCUUCUCUCGCUCUGAGAAUCGGCGUGUGCCUCGCGCUCCCGGUGUCUGCGCCCGUCAGGCUCAUACUCGUCCAACCCGUCGUAUUCUUGGUGCUACAUGGCUUGCUGCACGGGUUUGGAUCAGGACUGUCUUGGCUGGGAUUGAAGCAGUAG